AUGCCUAAACCGUCCGCAAAGUAUCACUCCGCAUCCGAGCAGCCAGCCAAACGCGAUUUCGAGCUGUGCAAAGUUGUGUUUGGGGCAGCAAUAAGCCAGAUUUUAUAUGCCAGGAAAGUCCUACGGACUCAAUCGCUUCCUGGGGAUCAUGGGCCUCUUCACUGGACUUUGGCAUUCCAUUCCACGGACCGGCCUGAUGACCGUCCCAUCGGUGUCUGGAAGUUUGAUCGCACAGAUUUCGACGACGCCAAUUUCGGUCUCCAGCAACAACAUGGAUAUGCGGUUAUGCCGUUAACCCCAGUCGAGACCGAAGAUGUCAUCCUUGAGACGAGCCCAGAACCGGAACUGCAGAUGGGCUUUUCAGGCCACCUAAAGCUGGCCCAGGCAGCCUCCACCGAAAGAAAACGAAAAAGAGUAAUCAAUCCUAACGCAAGAAACGACAAAAACCCGAGUCCUUCUCGUCGGCGUCCACGAGCAGCGCAACUCUCUCCACCUUUGACACUCAACUCGAGUAGGAAUGCGUCGAAAAACGUCGCGGUAGACAAGAGCAUGGAAAUGGAAGGGGGUGUAAACCCGAAUGACGGACCGUUUCGGGGCACCGAAGGCACCCACGGCCCCAGUUCACGUAAAGGACUAGUCACGAAAAGAAAGCCGAAGCGGCCCGUGCAACUCUUCGAAAACGCUGCGUCGAGUUUACCCGCGACACAAAUUAUCAGCCAGAGCCAAUCCUUGAGUCAGAGAACUCAGGGAACAAGAGAUAACCAAGUCCAUACGAUCGAGACCAAAUCUGCCGAUCAGGGGUGGUUUAUGGGAAGUGAGCUGCGCUCAUCGUCCCCUGGCCCGUUUGAUCCGCACAGAUUACUCGACGGGAUUUCUCUAUCGCCUGCGCCCAUAUCUGUAAUGCAGUUCCCCCACGCCUCUCUCCCAUCCCUCCCCGCCCGACAUCCGGACUCCCAAUAUGACACACGCCAAGAGACACCGGAAGAUGAGUUUAGAGGCGCACUUCGACUUGGGCCGGCAUCUGGUGACACCAGGGCUUACCGUGGGAUGAGCCAAUGGCAAACGCAAACGUCGCUGCCGGCACCAGCAAACAUUCUCGGGAUCACGAUCAGCGACGACGAAGAACCUGCCGAGGCGCCUUUGGAAAAUCCAAGGACUCUAGCUCAGUCGACAAACGAACAGGACGAUCAGGCCGGAAUCAGCUAUAGCUUUUCCCCGAAUACAGUUUCCCGACGGAAAUCACUUUUUGAUGACCUCCCCGGCAGCAGCGACAGUGAGAUUUGA